ACUGCAGACACAGGGCAGGAGAUGACCAGAGACUGCGGACACAGUGCAGGAGAUGACCAGAGACUGCGGACACAGUGCAGGGAGAUGACCAGAGACUGCAGACAGUGCAGGGAUGACCAGAGACUGCAGACAGUGCAGGGGAUGACCAGAGACUGCAGACAACAGUGCAGGGGAUGACCAGAGACUGCAGACAGUGCAGUGGGAUGACCAGAGACUGCAGACAGUGCAGGGGAUGACCAGAGACUGCAGACAGUGCAGGGGAUGACCAGAGACUGCAGACAGUGCAGGGGAUGACCAGCGACUGCAGACAGUGCAGGGAAUGACCAGAGACUGCAGACAGUGCAGGGAAUGACCAGAGACUGCGGAC